GCCUCUGGCCCCCCGGGCCGCCCAGGCACCGUGCUGGGCGCCAUGGAGAUGGGGCGGCCGUGCCCCUCUUCCGGGAGCGCGGCCACACCGAUAUAGACACGGCCCUAGCGUACGUCCGAGAGCAUCCUGGGCGGCCUGGGGCUCCGGCUGGGCGGUGGCGACUGCAGAGUGAAAAUCACCACCAAGGCCAAUCCAGUGGGUGAAAAGUCUCUGAAGCCUGACAGCCUCUGGUCCCAGCUGGAGACGUCACUGAAGUGGAUGCAGUGCCCCCGAGUGGACCUCUUUUACCUGUACCUGCCGGACCACGGCACCCCCGUGGAAGAGACACUGCGUGCCUGCCACCAGCUGCACCAGGAGGGCAAGUCUGUGGAGCUUGGCCUCUCCAACUAUGCCGCCUGGGAAGUGGCCGAGAUCUGUACCCUGUGCAAGAGCAACAACUGGAUCCUGCCCACCGUGUACCAGGGCAUGUACAACGCCACCACCCAGCAAGUGGAGACAGAGCUCUUCCCCUGCCUCAGGACUGAGGUUCUACGCCUAAAACCCUUUGGCUGGGGGCCUGCUGACCGGCAAGUACAAGGAUGGGGACAAGGAUGGGUAACAACCUGUGGGCCGUUUCUUUGGGACCAAUUGGGCAGAGAUCUACAGGAAUCGUGUCUCUGGGGAGUGAUUGGGGGCCUGGAUUGGGAACGCGUAGAGCUCUGGACCUUCCACCAGGUCUGUGAGGCUAUGUCUUUUCCCUGGGAAGAGCCUACUCCCUGCCCACAGCGGGAGAAGAAACCUUGGAUUGGAACUUGGGAUUCCUGGGGCUUGAUGCUGGCCUGUCACCUGGGGCAACUGAUGCCUCAGGGACCAGUGACCUGCAGGAAUCCCAGCGUCCUGACCUGUGCCACCCUCUCCACUCACCCAGCUUCUGGAAGCACUACUUUGAGGCUGUUGCCUUGGUGGGGAAGGCCUGCAGGCCACAUAUGGCCCCAGUGCCCCCAGCAUGACCCCGGCCGUCCUCCGGUGGAGAGGUACCACCACUCCCAGCUCCAGGGCGUUCAGGGGGACGCAGUCAUCCUGGGCAUGUCCAGCUUGGAGCAGCUAGAACAGAACUUGGUGGCCGCUGAGGGAGAGCCCCUGGAGCCGGCCGUCAUGCAGGCCUUUGAUCAGGCCUGGCACCUGUCUGCCCAUGUAUGUCCGAACUACCUCCACCAGGCCUAGUCCUGACUUGGGGUGGCAGAGGACACACUCCAUCUAUCACCUCUUUUAUUCUCUCAACCAGUCAGUUCUGACUUCAAGCCGCUUUAUGUAGCUAGUUCUUUCCUCACAGUCCCAGUUCACAAACUGUCUCCUAUGUUCUUGUUAAUACUCCCAGUUGCCUUCAUCAUGUAAAAAGCCCAGGGCCUCAGGCGUUUCCUGUCUGAGUAGAGGCACUAACCUGGCUGGAGCCCAGGCCCACAGUGAAUCUGUUUCCUCUGCAGCCUGCAGGCUGUUUCUCGUCCUCCCAUAGGCUUGGUGAGAAGGGGGCAGGAGUAGGGAUUAGUCUUCAAAGGGCAGAGGCGGUGGGAGGGUCUCCCAGCCUCCUGCCCUGAACCCAGUGUGACCUCUCAACAUCGGGGCUGCAGGUGGCCCUCAUGCUUCUACACGCG